AUGGAGAACUUAUUGCAAGGAAUACCAUUUGUGGUUGUAUAUCAAGAUGAUAUUACAGUAUCGGGUAAAGAUAUGAAUGAACAUAUUCGAAAUUUGAAGUCAGUGUUAAAUAAAUUAUUACAAGCUGGACUUAAGCUUAAUUUAUCUAAAUCCCCUGGACAUCCAGCCACAAACGGCCAGGCUGAAAAUUUCGUGAAAACUCUUAAGAAAUCUAUUUAUGCAAAUUUAAAUUCUGAGAAAAAAGAAAAUAUUGAUGUAAUUUUAAAUCGUUUCUUAAUGGAUUAUCGUAAUACAAAACAUAGCUCAACUGGUGAGAGCCCGGCGAAAAUUUUUAUUGGAAGAUCGAUUAGAACACGACUUGAUCUAAUAAAACCUCCACUUUUUAAAAACAAAAUGUUGGAAAAUCAAAUGAAAAGUAUAUCAAAUCAUAAAGGUAAUAGAUCAGUUACUUUUGAAAAAGGUCAAAAUGUUUUCAUUAGAGACUACACAAAUGUAAAUAAAGAAUCAUGGGCCCCAGCUAUCAUUAAGGAUAGAACAGGUUCACUAUCAUAUCAGUGUAUUCUUUCAACUGGCAGAGUAAUAAAAAGACAUACUGAUCAAAUUAGGGCAGGAGUAAAGGAUGUCAGUAAUGAUUUUAUCCCGCCUGAAUUACCAUCAUCUUCAAAUGGAAGUACUUCGACGGAAAAGGUUGAACGUUCACAUAAUGAUAACAAUUCUUCAGAAGUAAAUAACAAUGAACAUGAACCAAAUUCAGAAAUUGUAAAUGAGUCUAUAAACACAAAUGUUAAUGAAGAAUUGUCAAAUAAAAAUCAAACUGAGAAGAAUGAAAACAAAUGUGGAAGAGUAUUAAGACCCAGAACAAAUAAAAAAAUUUAA